AUGGUCGAAGAAGUGGCGGAGAAGGUGGAGGUCGGAGGAGAGGCUGCUACGUACCGCCGGCGGGGGGGGGGAAGGGAGAAGGUCGAUGAAUCGAAAGCUCUUGCAAUCGUGGAAAAAGCUACAGAUCCUCCUCCAUUGGAGAAAAGCACGGGUGGUUCAAUAAAUCGAGAUGCUGUUCUUGCAAGGGUUGAAACUGAGAAGCGAUUGUCAUUAAUAAGGGCUUGGGAAGACAAUGAAAAGGUCAAAGCUGAGAAUAAGGCAGUUAAGAAGGUGUCAGCUAUUGCUUCGUGGGAGAACUCAAAGAAGGCUGUUGUAGAAGCUGAACUGAAAAGGAUAGAGGAAGCUCUGGAAAAAAAGAAGGCAGAAUACGUAGAAAAAAUGAAGAACAAGAUUGCUUUGAUUCAUAAGGAGGCUGAAGAGAAGAGAGCUAUAGUAGAAGCCAAGCGCGGUGAAGAAAUUCUCAAGGCAGAGGAGCUGGCUGCAAAACACAGAGCAACUGGAAUUGCUCCAAAGAAACUGCUUGGAUGUUUUUGAGGACUGAGGAUUGCUUUUAGUCAUUUUAUCUCUUGUUAUGAUGUUAUGUUGAUUUAUUGUGAGUACUGAUUUCUGCAUUAAAUUUCAGUGUGCUCUGUAAAGUUUCAUGUUUCUGUAUAUAGACUUGUAAUUUCAUGAACAUACUAUAUGCGUAUUCUUUAGUCUUUGAUGUCUGAACUGAUAUUUUUGUUCUAGAACAUGCUUGUAACUUAUGUAGAACUGGAAGAUUGAUCAAAUGUCUGUCAUAAUAUGUGUUGUUGCGUUGAA